AUGACGGGGUCUACCAAACAAUCACCUGUUAAGAUGCAGAGGGAUAUACGAUUCACUGUUUUGGGUCAGAGAGGAGUCGGUAAAUCAGCUCUGGUAGUACGAUACCUGACUCACCGAUACAUCGGCGACUACGAUCCUGAUCUAGAAUCAGUUUACUCCCAACCUACGAGGAUAGAUGAUCAAAGUAUAACACUUCACGUGUUGGAUACGGCCGGUGACUUCGACUUUGAAAGCCAGACUCGAGUAGAGCAGAUGCGUAGUACAGAUGCCUUCGUGCUCGUAUUUUCGGUCACCGACAGAUCCAGCUUCAUCUACCUCCAUAAACUAAAACGGUUCAUCUUUAAAUCCCGUCGUGACCUCGACAAGGUCCCCACCUUGAUCCUCGGAAACAAGGCCGACCUCUGCCACCUUCGCAAGAUCACAAAGCAAGAGGGCGCACAACUGGCAAAGGAUUAUGGGAGCACGUACUGCGAAAUGAGCGCGAGCGAAGGGUAUGUGCCCAUCGUCGACGCAUUCCACGAUCUCUAUCGGGAGUUCUACCGGGCGGAGAAGCGGGCCAAGGUGCGGAAGAUUACCUCCAGGUUGCAGCUGCGACAAACCAUCAAGAAUUUUACGGACAGGCAUCUGUAUCGAUCAAGAACAAAUACGUUAUAGUCGUCAAUAAAAUUAAUAGUGCAUGCUGAGAUGAACGAUGGAUGUAUCGAGUUACGGAUCAAUAUGCGGCAAGUUUUGGGACAGUGUUCGAGAAGGCUAACAACAGACUUGCAAUAUUUCAAAUUUUGCGAGAACUUAAAGGAGCGACUCCUCGCAUCGAGAUCAAGAAAAAGCGGCUUGCGAUCCGCGCGCAAUAUGCUUGCAUGAGCGCGGUCUUUUAGAUUACAUCAUGGAACUCUUAAAGUGGCUGUAGCAUGACGAGAAAAUGGGUCUUUCCCAUAUGGCCUGACUCGAGCCAAUCGGUUAUAGUACGACUACGGACGACGCGACCGCAGUAGGCCUAUACGUA